AUGUAUACUGCAUCGUUUGCAUUCUUUGAGGCGAUAUGGGAGGCUGGUGUGACCCAUUGCUUUGUGAAUCUGGGUUCGGAUCAUCCUAGCAUCAUCGAGGCCAUGGUGAAAGGGCAGCAAGAGAAGAAUGGGAAGUUUCCUCGGAUCAUCACGUGCCCUAACGAGAUGGUGGCCAUGUCCAUGGCAGACGGCUAUGCACGUCUCACCGGCAAACCGCAGGUGGUGAUUGUGCAUGUCGAUGUGGGCACACAGGGUCUCGGUGCCGCAGUGCAUAACGCCAGCACAGGUCGUGCUCCUAUACUCGUCUUUGCCGGCCUGAGCCCCUUCACCCUCGAGGGCGAAAUGCGAGGAUCUCGGACGGAGUAUAUCCACUGGAUCCAGGAUGUUCCCGACCAGAAACUGAUCCUCGGUCAAUACUGCCGGUAUUCUGCAGAAAUCAAGACUGGUCGAAACAUUAAACAGAUGGUCAAUCGCGCUCUGCAAUUUGCCACCAGCGAUCCUCAGGGCCCCGUCUACCUUGUUGGUGCGAGAGAGGUCAUGGAAGAAGAGAUCGAGCCAUAUCAUCUUAAGCAAAGCGUGUGGGACCGUGUCGAGCUUGGUGGACUGCCUCAAAAGGCUGUUAGUCAGAUCGCCGAGUCUCUGAUUGGGGCAAAGAAGCCACUACUUAUCACUGGUUACUCUGGACGCAACCACAAGGUUCCCGGUGCUCUUGUCGACCUUGCCAACUCCGUAAAGGGCCUCCGGGUCCUGGACACCGGUGGUAGCGACAUGUGCUUCCCGGCCUCGCACCCAGGAUGGUUGGGCCUUCGAUUCGGAGUCGAAGCCGAGAUCAAAGAGGCGGAUGUGAUCCUCAUUGUCGACUGCGAUGUCCCUUGGAUCCCUACGCAGUGCAAGCCAGCCGACACCGCAGAGAUAUUCCAUAUUGACGUUGACCCCCUCAAGCAAAUGAUGCCUUUAUUCUACGUUCCAGCUCGGCAUCGGUAUCGAGCUGAUGCCCUUACCUCCAUCCAACAAAUUACAGAGCUCGUAAACGGCGAACUUGCCAACAAGGUUGACUCGCCGAAUAGUCAAAAAGCGUGGGACGAUCUUGUAGCGGCGCACCAGAAGCGUCUUGAUGACAUUGCUGUCAAGGCCGGUGCCAAGUCUGAUGAUACCUUUGGUACGGGGCAUCUGUGCCGCAAACUGAGGGAAGCGUGCCCCAAAGAUACGAUCUGGGCAAUCGAAGCUGUCACCAACACUGCAUUUGUCCACGACAAUCUACAGCCAGAACUCCCGGGCUCGUGGAUCAACUGUGGUGGCGGCGGACUUGGAUGGUCAGGCGGCGGCACGUUGGGGAUCAAGCUGGCUACUGAUGCCGAAAAUGGUGGAACUGGAAAGGGCAAGUUUGUGGUGCAAAUUGUCGGGGAUGGAACAUUCCUCUUCAGUGUACCAGGAAGCGUAUACUGGAUAUCGAAGAGAUACAACAUCCCCGUGCUGACGAUUGUCCUCAACAACAAGGGAUGGAAUGCUCCUCGGAAAUCUCUUCUGCUUGUUCAUCCAGAAGGUGCCGGCUCGAAGGCUACCAAUGAAGAAAUCAAUAUCUCAUUUGAUCCAGUGCCCGACUAUUCCGGCAUUGCAAAAGCUGCAGCUGGCGGUGACCUGUUCACCGCCAAGGUCGAGAAAGCCUCGGACCUCGACAGCAUCCUGCGGCAGGCUAUUGAUUCUGUGAAAGGAGGACAGAGUGCCGUCCUGGACUGCAAAGUCAACCUCGGAUCUUGA